AUGGUCGUCAAAGUCUAUGGCAUGGGUAUGUCUACAUGCACCAGACUGGUGCUCAUGACCUGCUACGAGCUUGGAGUCGAGUACGAACUACACCAUGUCGAUCUUAUCAAGGGCGAACAAAAGAGCCCCGAAUAUAUUGAAAACAUGCAACCAUUCGGAAUUAUCCCAGUGUUGAUCGACGAAGAUGGGACUCGAAUAUAUGAAUCUCGGGCCAUCUCACGGUACCUGACCGUUAAGUACAGAAAGGACGCCGGCCUGAUCCCGCCUUUCUCGGAUCCCAAGGCUUAUGGGUUAUUCGAACAAGCGGCCAGCAUUGAAUAUUCCACAUUCAACCCAGCCGCUGGCGCCAUCUACCUCGAGAAUCUUCAUGCGGAACUUGAAGGCCGCGAGCCGGACGCUGAAGUGCUAGAGAAAAAACGCCAAACGUUGUUAUCCAAGCUCGAAGCCUACGAACGCAUCCUAUCUAAACAAAAGUACCUGGCAGGAGACGGACUUACCCUUGCCGAUUUGUUCCAUGUGCCUUACGGAAAGGCAGUCGAGCGAUAUGUGCCGGGUGUUUUUGAUUCGCAGCCGAAUGUGAAGAGGUGGUGGGCUGAUAUAACUGCCCGCGAGUCGUGGAAAGCGGUAUCUGAUCUCAAAUGA